AUGAGCACUGUAAAAGAAUCUGAGGUGUUCCUUUUACCAAAUUACAAACAGCUUCAUGAUAUAAAUCAAAAAGGGAUAAAUAAUAACGCAUCAGUUAAUACACCUUCUUUUACUUUCGACAAAAAUCAAUCAAAUGGAAUAUCCGAUCAGCUGUUAUUGCACCAAGAUACUUUACUCGAUUUGUCAACAUCACUGAAUUCAGCGUUUACACCUUCUUCUUGUAGAUAUGCACCACAACAUCAGCGGAAUUAUUCUUCUUCAGAUGAAUUCAACUUUCACAUGACUUCUAUGAAAAACAAUGAGAAAUCCCUGGUGAAUGACAGAAAUAUCUCAUUUUCAGAAGUGAGAAAUAAUGAAAAUACUGCAGUUUAUCCGUUAACACAGAGCAAUUGGUCACAGAGUUGCAUGCAUCAAUUCAACAAACGGAAUGUUACUGCUUUGUACGAAAAUGAAAAUACUGAUAUCGGUGAGGAUGACGACAGAACAGCUGAACAAGACGAAGAUAACAUUAAUAGUAAUAAUAAUAACAAUGAUAAUAAUAAUAAUAAUGAUAGGGAAAACAUCUUCACAGAAAUCUCACCAACAUGGAGUAAUGAAUUUGAAGAGGAGAAGUUAUUCAGUACAACAGAAUGUCGCGUGAAUCACUUAGAUAAAAUCCAUUUUGAAAAUUCAACAUCACUGAUCAAAAAAUCGACAAUGACAACAGCUAAGCCUCCAUAUUCAUAUAUUGCAUUAAUUACAAUGGCUAUAUUGCAUUCACCUAAACGUAAAUUAACUCUCUCUGGAAUAUGCGAUUUUAUCAUGUCCAACUUCCCGUAUUAUCGUGAACGAUUUCCAGCAUGGCAAAAUUCAAUUAGGCAUAAUCUAUCCUUGAAUGACUGUUUUGUCAAAGUGUCACGUGAACCUGGGAAUCCUGGUAAAGGGAAUUACUGGACACUUGAUCCACAAUCUGAAGAUAUGUUUGAUAACGGUAGUUUUUUGAGGCGUCGUAAACGUUACAAGCGUUCAUCAUCAACAGUGGAAUCCAGAACACAUAGUCUUGGACGCAAGCCACACCAACACUGUAAUCACAAUAAAUUUAACUCAAUUUCAACAGAUUUAGAAAAUGAGAAUAAAAAACUAUGUUGUUAUCCUACAAGACCUAAAUCCCUUUCACCAAAUGAACCAGUAACAAAUACAAAAGCAACUGUGGAAAAUGUUCUAAUUAAACAGAUUCCCUAUUCUACAAUGCUUCCAUCUGCUUUUAAUUUGGAAAUAAACAGUCUGCCAAUGAAUCAUUUAACACCAUGCUAUUCAAUGAUACCACCUCCUAAUUUCCUGAUCCCUAAUCUAAAUCAAAUUGAUUCCAGAGAUAACACGCUAAAUCCACAGACUUUUCAUCGCUCACAUACUGAUAACAAUCAACAUUUCCAGCAGUCAAUAGAUAAUAUUCCACUCCUUAAUUUUCUACACUUUCCGUCUAUUUCUCAAGUGUUUAUUAAUGAGUGUCGAUCAAUAAAUAGUGAACUAGAAUCACGUAUUACUGAUGAAUUAAUCCUCAGAUCGAACUCAACAUCAUCUAAUAAAACACUAAUAAUCAAUUACAAAUCAAUUGAAAAAGCUUCAAUAAAUUCAAAUAUGGAUAAAUUUUCUAUUGAUUAUUUACUAGACAAAAGUGAAUCAGAAGUCGAUUCAGCUUUAUAG